ACCCCGCCCCGGCGGUCCGCCUCGCUGACACAAACACCCCUGAGCAGACGAUAGAGAUCUAUAGUUUCGGUUUGGACCGUCGGAGACAUUUCACCGAGUGUUUCUCCGAACAUUUUCUUCUAUAAGAGUCGGGACAGAGAGAAGAACCAUGAAGAAUGUAAUGUUCUCUCUGCUGCUCUGUGUUCUCCUUCACACGGUGUGUUCAAAGUCCGGGAAAUCAAAGGUGAACGUGUACAGUCGUGACCUGGGUCAGUGGGGGAAGGAGAACACCUUGAUCUGUCACGUGAGUAAUAUCCCCCCUCCACCUGUCAUCUCCAUCGACCUGCUGAAGAACGGACAGGUGAUCCAGGGGACCAAUCAGUCCGACCUGGUUUUUGACGGGGACUGGGACUACUACUUGACCAAACAUGUUACCUUCACCCCCGCCAAAGGAGACCGGUACUCGUGCAGGGUCACACACAUGGGCAAAGUGAACAACUACGAGUGGGAACCGGAUGAGUGAGUUCGGUGCUUGGCAGCGUUCCAGGGACAGAACAGAGGAACGUUCUCUCUGGAACCAUGUUUUUUUUGGACAGAUUGGACAUCAAUGGAACAGAUUGUUUUUGUUUUUUUAAAUAAUUCGACUUAAACCAUCAUGAAGCGAUCUGUGACACCAGAAAGACUCCAUCAGUCCAAAGUGUUCAUGAUUACUGAACAGAGACAUUAGACAAACAUUAAAGCUCCUUUAAUCAAUGAUGACAUAUCAACAUUUAAAAGUCAAACAGCAGAAACUUCAUGGAGCUUUACGAGCUAGAUGUGAUUAUUAGAAAUGUUCAUAUUUGAUUCAUGUAAAUAAUUUUUCUAAUGUUUUAGAGGAUUAGCCCAAUGAUUGUAAUGACUAAUAAAUGAUGUAAAGGUUAGGGUUAAGAUUAAAUUCUCUUCAGGUGCACGUCCACAAAGCCACUUACAAGAAAGAAGCCGUUUAAGGACAUUGAGUGUGCUGUCUCUUCUCUCUUCUACUUCUAAAUGAUGUUAAUAAAAUACACAAAUGUCAAAUA